AUGUCGAAAAGAACCACAGAGGCGGUCGAGGAGGCUUCUGCCAAAAAACUCAACACCCAGUUCACCAAGGAAGACACCCACUCGUUUUUUAACCCGGCAAUCUUUGACGAGCAGUUCCGCGCCGACUUGAAAACGUCUGUGUUAGCCUCCCAGCCAUACAAAUGGGGGACCAUCAAGUCGCUCUUGGACGACACGUUGUUGCGCCAGGUCCGAAAGGAAGUUGAGAACGAGAUCGUGUUCACUAAAAAGGAAACCGAUAUCUACAAAGUGCACCAGUCGGGGGACUUGGCCAACUUGUCGGGCCUCGACUGGGACGAUUUGUCGCGUUUGCCCUCCCUAUUCAAAAUGAGAGCCGCAAUCUACUCGGAGGAGUUCCGUGACUAUCUCUCGGAGCUUACCGGGUGCGGCAAGUUGAGUGGGGUCAAGACCGACAUGAGUAUCAACACCUACACCAAGUCGUGCCACCUCUUGACCCAUGAUGACGUCAUCGGCUCCAGACGUGUCAGCUUCAUCUUGUACUUACCCGAUGCUGACAAGACCUGGAAGGAGCAUUACGGUGGAGCAUUGCGUCUUUUCCCGUCGGUUAUCCCGAACGUGCCCCAGACAGAUUACCACUGCAAGCUCGUUCCCCAGUUUAAUCAGAUUGCGUUUUUCACCGUUCAGCCUGGCUUGUCGUUCCACGACGUGGAAGAGGUCCGAGUCAAUAAGCAGAGGUUGUCGAUCCAGGGGUGGUUCCACAUUCCCCAGGAAGGCGAAGACGGCUACAUCCCGGGCGAACAAGAAGCGACGGAAGCGAGAUCAUCGUUACAGCAAUUGCAGUCAAAGGAGCUAGCGGAGUUUGACUUCCCUAAGCCUAUUAGAACGGGAUUCCCAGUGGAUGAGCUCAGGGUCUACGAACUGGUGUCAGAGGUCUUUCCGGGUUUGGCCAAGGCGGAGCAUGAGUAUUUAGCCGAGUUCAUGAACCCGACCCUCUUGGACCUUUCCCAAAUCCAUCAGAUGCACUCGGUGUUUUCCGAGGAGUCCGUAAUCGAGAUCCCGGAGUUGUUGAACCCAGAGUUUGCUGGGCUGUUGUACGAGGCCAUCAGGACGCUUGAGAUGGAGGCCAAGAUGCCGCAGACCGCUGCUGAGAUUCAAUAUCCUUGGAAGUGCGCUGUUCCGCCCCACAAGCACCGCUACAUGUACCUCGAUGGGCGCCAGCCGGAGGACGUGACUACCAGUGCUGGCACGCAGCGCGCCAUCGUGGGCCCACAGGACGCGCCAAACUUUGCAUUGACGCAGUACAUCGCACAAAGCGCCGCGCCGCGUGACGACGCGCACGUCACGGUCCAGUUAGCGCGUGUAGGCGCGAUGUUCCAGUCGCUUGCGUUCCGCAAGUGGGUGGCAGCCGUCACGGGGCUCGCGAUUCUCUCAGAUCAGGUGCUUGUACGGCGCUUCAGGCCUGGCCACGAUUUUACCUUGGCUACUAAAUUGCCUGCCACCGACGCGCUCUUGGAAGCGUCCUUGAACUUGACCCCGUCUAAGGGCUGGGACAGUGGCGAAUUGGGCGGCUAUGAGUUGUGCAUGGCCGGGAUGGAUGACGAGGAUGAGGACGACCCAGCGAUCUACAAGGCCGCCAAGGUAGGCGAGGAUGGCGGCGACGACGGCGUUUUGUUCACCAGCCAGGCCAAGUGGAACUCCUUGACAUUGAUGUUGAGGGACGAGAGUGUCUUGAAGUUUGUAAAGUAUGUUUCCUGGAGCAGCCAGGGUAGUCGUUGGGACCUUAGCUGCCAAUGGGGUCUCAAGGAGGAAGAGGAAGCAGACUAA